AUGGGCCAAUCUCAGUCGACAGGAGCCAAGGGCCAAGACGCCCAAGAGCAGCAGUCAGGGCAGAAAACAGACUACUAUGAGCUUCUAGGUAUCACUCGGGGGGCAACCGAUGAGGAGAUCAAAAAAGCAUACCGAAGGAAAGCACUCGAGUUGCACCCAGACCGAAACUAUGGGAAUGUCGAGGAAGCGACCAGGCUGUUCGCCGAGAUUCAGUCCGCAUAUGAGGUCCUUGCCGAUCCCCAGGAGCGUGCAUGGUACGACUCCCAUAGUGACGUGUUUCUAGGAACCACUGGGGGCUCCGAAGAGGAUUCACAUUCCUACAACAUUCGAGUGACGACUGCGGAAGAUGUUCUCAAGGUCUUCUCGAAAUUCAGUCCUCGCAUGGAAUUCUCGGACUCGCCAGCUGGGUUCUUUGGGGGGCUGCAGGAACAAUUUUCCCAGCUGGCAUCGGAAGAGCGACUGGCCUGUCAGUGGGAGGACCACGAUAUGGUGGACUAUCCGACAUUUGGAGCGCGCGAUGAUGACUUUGAGUCUGUUGUGCGCCCGUUCUAUGCCGCAUGGAGUGGUUUCUCCACCAGCAAAUCUUUCGCCUGGAAGGACGCCUAUCGGUACUCUGAGGCUCCUGAUCGCCGCGUUCGGAGGCUAAUGGAAAAGGAGAACCGGCGCCUGCGAGAGGAAGCGAUCCGCGAGUUCAACGAUGCAGUUCGAUCGCUAGUGGCAUUUGUCAAAAAACGAGAUCCCCGAUAUAGAGCCAACGCUCAAAAUGAUGCACAGCGUCAAGAGACUCUCCGACAGUCCGUCGCGGCCCAGGCAGCUAGAUCGCGGGCCCAAAAUCAAGCCAAAUUGCGGGAACAUGUCAUUCCGGAGUGGGCGCGUUCAGAGGAACCGGAUGCUGGCGAAGACGAAAAGAGCUCCGAGAGUGAGGUUGAGAGUUUUGAAUGUGUUGUAUGCAACAAGCAGUUCAAAAGCCAAAAGCAGUUUGAAGCUCAUGAGCGGAGCAAAAAGCACAUAAAGGCUGUCAAACAACUAUGUCGAGAGAUGCGACUGCAGAACGAUGAGUUGGACUUGGAGCCUACCGGCCAUGCCACCACUUCUCUUGGCCCACCUGGAUCCCCCCCUUCGUUUGACACACCCCACACCAGCGAUGGAGACAACGAUCAUGUUUCAGAAUCACCCAUUACACGAGAGCUGGAGGAGCCGGUCAGGGAGGCAGUGGAGAGUGAUUCCCCGAUGGACCCAUCUGGGGAGCAAUCGUCUGUCUCCGAUGGAGAGGGCGACAGCAAUCAGCCACCCUUCCAAAGUCCUCAUCCGAAGCGAGACUCUUUUGAUUUUGUCGAGGAUGAGGAUUAUGCCUCCAGGGAGUCCGUCGAGACUAGACUCCGCUCCGAUUUGGAUUCGGUGCUCGACAUCGAUCCUGUCACUCCCCUCACCGAUCGACUGUCAUCCGCCGAGCUUGAUGACCAACCAUCUGUUCCUGCUCAGGCCGGAAAGGCUAAGCAGAGACGAGCUAAAAAGGCGGCACGAAACCCCGGACAGUCCACGGGGAUGACAUGUGCCCAUUGUCACGCUAGCUUCACCUCGAAAACAAAGCUGUUUACGCAUCUCAAAGACCAGCCGAGUCAUGCACAGCCAGUAAAGACCACCGCCGGGAGCAAAAGACGAUGA